CGAAUACCCUACAGAAGUAAGAUUGGUAUUUGAUAAUUCAAUUACAUCCAGUUGUUGAAUCUAUUUUCAUUUUGUCAAUAUAGUAUUCGAUUGGCUACUAUUGACUUUAUGAUGAGUGGCACGAUAAUGAGCUCAAUAUCUAUAUUCUGCUACGGCACUCUUAUGUCGCCAAACGUGCUCGCCCGCGUCCUCUUCAACAAACGCGAUCUCCCAUCCAACUCACCCCUCUCCCUCACCCCAGCCACCUUACACAACCACUCCCGUUCCCGGCUGAUAGACGAGUCCUACCCCGCGAUCGUCAAGUCUGAAGGAAGUUCAGUGGCCGGUGUCUUGGUAAGUGAGCUCACGCCGGCGCAGGUGAAGACGCUGGAUGCGUUUGAAGGGGACGAGUAUGAGCGGCAAAAGGUGCAGGUCGUGAAUGAGAAUGGGCAGGCGGUGGACGCGUGGUGCUACAUUUGGGUUGAUCGAUUGGAUCGGUUGACGGGCGUAGACUGGGAUUUUGACGAGUUCAUGCAAAAUCGAUUCAAAACUUGGAUAGAAGGCGAAAUGAGUGCCAUGGAGUGAUCCACCCGCAUACUCUACAUUACACACAUUUACGUCUUUUUGAUAUCAUUCACUCAUCAUUAUAAAAACGAAUCUAAAGAUAUAAUGCAAGUCCCGAGCACAGAAAUAUAAACAUGAUGCAUU